GCUGCCUGCCCACCCCAGCCCCAGCCAACCAAUUUUGGCAUCACAGGUUUUCAAAUUCCAUUACGACUUCGUUUUUGCAACCUACUUUAUAUUUUCUAUUUUCUAUUUCUAUUCUCUCCCUAAAAUCGUAUAUAAAUCAAACUUUCUUGAAACCCUUAAAUCCAUAAAACUGCCUAAUCCUUUUUUGUUCGGUUCCCUCUCCUGAUUCCUCUUCGUUCUCUAAAUCCUUGCUAUUUUCCCCAAAUUUCUCUCUUUCUCUCUCUCUCUCUCUCUCUGAAUCGCUGCAAUGGCUGAUGCUAAGACCCAAUUUGAAUCUGUAAGGAAGUGGGUCGUCGAGCACAAGCUGCGUACUGUUGGGUGUUUGUGGCUUAGCGGCAUCUCGGGUUCAAUUGCGUACAAUUGGUCUCGACCUAACAUGAAAACCAGUGUUAAGAUCAUUCACGCCAGGUUGCAUGCACAGGCUCUUACGCUGGCUGCGUUAGCCGGUGCAGCAGUAGUGGAGUACUAUGAUCAUAAGAUGAGCGAUAAGGCUGCAGGGCAACGACGAUAAAUACAACGGACAGCAAGAUCUUCCCUUAAUUGUCUCUCUCUCCAGCACAUUUUUCUCUGGUCUGUGUGGGGAUUAUUUUAAACCAGGGGUUCUUUAUAAUAGACAUAUCUUAUUAUCUUGUGGAAUAUUCUUUCAUAAAAUGACACACACACAACAUUGAAAUUCUUUGUUGCCUGUGGCAGACAGACACAGAGUGAAUGUAAGUUGCCGGAAUGAUUCAGUUCAGUUGUGUUCUAGAUGAACUUGUUUAGCUUUUCCUUUAAGUUGGCAAAGGAUUAUAUAGUUCCUCAA